UCCUUUCGGUAAAAAGAAUUUUUCAAGCAUCUAUCCGACGCAGACUUUUCGACCUUGAACUUAGCAAGUUGUCAAGAUUUUAAUUUUACCUGUAUUUGUAAAUAUUCGUGAUGAAUCAAACAUUCGAACUCAUAUGACCCUGAUUUGCUAAUUUGACUGGCUGAUAAAACAUGACAAUAUGUUUGUGAGUAUUGUCAUGUCAGUAAAACAUUCAGAAUGAGCUGGUUUAAAAAGAGGUCUGAGUCUAAGAACUCAUCGGAUGCUAGCAGUAUAAACAGUGAAAGUCCGAUGGAACGUCGUAGCCGACGUGACACGGAUCCAGCCACUUGCCUGGAGGUGUUCCAAAAUCACUGGGAGCAGGCUUACAGUAUAAUAAAUAGAGAUGUAGAGAAAGGUACAAAGUCAACAGAUGAUGAGAUUAAUACAGUUAGUCAUAACUUUGAGCAAAUGAUCACCUUACUUGCCCAGGAAGAUGGAGAAGAUGGUCAAGGUAUGCCAGGUGCUAUCCUGCAUUACCUGUUAGAACAUGAGAUAUUAGAAAAGUUCUGCGGAUGGUGUCAUGGAUACCAUGAUGAUGGUCGGAAACUUGUACAGGAACAACUUCGAAUGUUUGAACACUUGAUAAGCCAGUACCAACUUCUUUUAAUUCAUAAACCUGUGAUAAGACCACUGUUAAACCUUCUGGCCUACUGUUCAGAUGACAGUACUGGUAACAUAGAAUCUAGUUUAGUGCUUGUUUUACACCAGCUGUGUGUGAGCAUAUCCAAGGAGACCGUUAUAUUGGAGAGUGUGUUCAACAUGAAUGCAGAUCAUGGCCCGACAAAGUUUCUUAUUUUCUCACUGCUCAUCCCAUACCUACAUAGAGAGGGAAAAGUUGGCCAACAGGCUAGAGAUGCUCUCUUACUGAUUAUGACGUUAUCCUCCAAACAUCCUUAUAUUGGAGAGUACAUUGCAGAGAACUCCGAUUUCUGUCCUGUGCUGGCCACAGGGCUAAGUGGCUUAUAUUCCGAUUUGCCUCGUAAAAUAAUUAUACCAUCAGAAGACUGGUGUCAAAUUACAGAUGAAGAUGUUCAUAAUAUUCCUGAAAUGGCCAUGUUUCUGAACUCCCUAGAAUUUUGUAAUGCUGUAGCUCAGAUUGCCCACCCGCUUGUACGAGACCAGCUCAUCAAAUAUAUAUAUAAUGGAUUCCUUGUUCCGGUGCUAGGACCGGCUCUUCAUCAGAAUGGUAUGACAUUUUCUCCACUACGAGAAAAAUAUCAUACCUACAGGUCUAGCUAUCUUUGGAAGAAUUCUCGUGAGGAAGUUAUCACAGCAACAGCCUAUCUAGACCUAUUUUUACGAAAGAUUUCUGAGCCAUGUCUUGUAAAGGCAUUCCUAAUGUUCAUCUUUACAGAAAAGAAUGAUGAAAUAGUUAUCUUAGAUUCCCUCAUCACUAGAAUUAACAGCAGCUCCAAGCUGUGCCUUGUAUCAUUGUCCCUGUUCUUCACCUUGAUAGAUCUCAACUGUGAAGAUGCUAUGUUUGAUCUUGUCUUCAGAUAUUUGAUACCAUGUACACAUGUAAUGAUCAGUCAGAGGAGAUCUGUAAGAGAUCAUGACAUUUACUGUAAGAGUGCCGAAAAGUUCCUGUCCCUGAGACCAACAUGUUGUUUACCUGAGAUAGACAGCCCAAAACACAAAUUAAAACCAAAAGUUAGCGCAGGCCUUGGUGAUCUUCCUGGCCUCCCAACUAACAUUUCUAAUGGUCCUCGUCUACCUAAAGUUUUUCGUUCUCGGAAGGAUCGCAACAAAAAACGUCAAAUUGAAAGUGAGCCAGAAGUUAAUGAGUUGAGCACGGCAUUUCCGGCAGGUACAUUUGGCAGUAAGCUGGAACACUUUGAGACAACAUACCUAGAAUAUCUACAAGAGGCUCGUGUACGACUUGAAAAAUGUAACCAAGCUUGUCACACAUGGCAGUAUCUCUAUGAUGGGGAAAAUCCUUCUUACAGCUGCCUAGGGGCCGAUAUAGGCAAUGUCUCACAUAUGUUGAACAUUUCUGUGUCUGACUCUAGUUUACAACAAAGGGAGGUAAAGAGGAGCAUUUCAAGUGAUAUUGAAGAAAGGGAGAGAAUUGAGGUUAAUAAAAAUGAUAAAAUAGGAAAACAUAAAACUAUACAAAUAAAUUCGAGCAGCUGUGAUAGUAGAGUAGAAAACAGUAAUUUUAGUUCAACAGAAGGUGCAAUAGUGAAUAGUGAUAUUGUAAAUAAUGAGAUUCCACUGAGACGAAGUACGGCCAGUUACAGAGAUACCUUUAGUUCAGAUAAAGAAUUGAUGCUAUACUUAGAUGAGAGUGGCAGUCCUGUAGAUAAGUCAGCAUCUCUGGAAGAGAGUGUGAAGUGUUUGGACACACUGUUAUCUAGUGUUUCUGCCUCUGUUUCCCGAACUUCUACACCAAGAAAGGACAUCAGUCAUGAAGCAACACUAGAUAGUGAUUUUGGAGAUGAGAAUGAACUAAGUACGGUGUAUUUUGAUUGUGAAACGUCACAAAAUGAAGGCGAAGAUGUGUUCAAGUCUAUAAAUGAAACUUCAUAUGAUAUCAUUGAUGAUCCAACCAAAAAUAAAACCAACAACGGAACAGAAUUCGAAAUUGUAGAUUCUCAGAUAGGAAGUGAAAAUGGUAAAAGUAUAGAAAAUAAAUCCAAUAAUGUGACUUCAUUUGUUGAUAUAACAACAGAGCAAGAUCAAAGUGUCUUAAAACCAAAGCAUCAGGGUAAAAUUGGAGAACCAGACAUAGAAAAACUUGAUGAUGAUAGUCUGAAUAUUGUUGAUGAUCAUUAUAAAGCCCAGGCGAAGGGUGGUAUCCUUGUUACAAAAGCAGCAGAUAAAGAUGCAAGCCAAACUGCUCCUGAACCGAAGGAUGUAUCAAAGGGAGAUAAAUCAGUAAGGUUUGCUGGAGAUUCUGCCUCGGCACCAAACUUACUUGAGGUAUCUUCACAGUCCGUUCUUGGUGUAGGAAUGACAUCUGUUAAACAGUCAACCACUCCAAAUAUUGGACCAUUUUUGAUGGCAAUUUUGUUGAAGUUAGAGGGUAUGAUGCAGAAUCCUCUGCCUGUAAACCUUAUGUUGACUGGACUUAUUUCUCGACUUGCUGUUUAUAAACAACCCCUGCUUAGGUCUUUCCUGCUCAACAAUAGCCUUGUGUUCCAACCCACUGUAAAAUCUCUUGUACAGGUAUUGACAAGUGUGAGGCAGAAAGUUGACCAUUACUCUUACACUGUACAGAACUUUGAAGCCCUUUUACUUCGAGCUCGGAGAACAUUAGCACAGAGGGAGGGUUUAUUACCAGAGAGAGGGCAUUCACUAACUCCUAGUCCAGAAUUAGUUCAUUCUAAAAUCAGAGCCUCUACUGUCACAAAUAUUCCGUCUAAAGAAAAAAGGCACAGAACUUUAACAGAACUUCUGUUUCGAAGAAGCCCAAACGCUAAGAAAAUGGGGUCAUCUGCAAGUGUGAAAGGAGCCCAACUAGAAAUUCUAGCAGGAAAUAAAGGAAUGAGAUAUAUAAAUCGUAAACAAGAGGAAAAACGAGCACAACAGGUGGAGUCAGUAAAGACAAGAAAUGCUGUAUACUGUGCUAUUGUGCUGGAAGAAUUUGUGAAAGAACUGGCAGCUUUAUCCCAGGAACAUGCUCUAUUGAUAGAUGAUGAGGAGUGGUGUGAGAGGUAAUUAUGAGUGGUGUGAAUGGUAGAUGAUGAGGAGUGGUGUGAGAGGUAAUUAUGAGUGGUGUAAGAGUUAAUGGGGGAGAUAUGGGGAAGCAGGAUUAAAUUUUGACUAAUUUCAUAAGUCAUACCUUUGAGGCUAAUGAUUUUUACUGCACAUAUUCUUUAUUUAUUGAGAAACUGGUUAGAUAUGCAACUUUUUACCUAUUACAAUUACAAGCACCAAGAUGAGAAGAAUUUAAGCAUUAUUAUCAUUUCUUGCCAACAUUAGUAUAUAAUAAUAACUCUUUGUUCAAUUAUGAUUUUAGAUAUAUAAAUGUAAUAGAUUCUAAACAAUGUUAUUUUUU